AUGUCCAACAGCCAGGACCUAUCUAAUCUGUCACAAUUCGCGUGCCAGAUAAUGCCUUUGGAGCUGACGCGGACUUCUGACUCGAGCAUGGCCUUGGAAAAAAGGGUGUUGCAGUCUCACGUCCCUCCCCUCUCACCGCUCUAUAUCCUUUCACUCCUACCACCACCGCUGCCACCCUCCUCACAAAACUAA